CUUUGGUUGAAGGCAGUUGACGUCAUUGCUGUAAAGACCAGUUCGUACCACAGAGGACGCUUAGUACAACUCAUGGCUACUUCCUUAUUUUGUGCACAGAGGUGUUGGAGGCUCCCAUUUCCUAGAGCAAUCAGAGCCAGAACAAGCAGGAAUCUCACAGCGCUUCAAAUCCACACCACAGCGGGAUCCAUGCAAGCAAGUCAGCAAGACUUUGAAAAAGCACAAAACAAUCUGAAAUUGUUGAAAAAAGACCCUGGCAAUGAUGUCAAAUUGAAGCUAUAUGCACUGUUCAAACAGGCAACACAAGGCCUCUGUAACGCUCCUAAACCCAGUAUGUUGGACUUUGUCAAUAAAGCCAAAUGGGAUGCAUGGAAAUCUUUAGGUGGCAUGACCCAGGAUGAUGCAAGGCAGUCCUAUGUUGAACUUGUUUCAAGUUUGGUGUCCUCUGAAUCCAACACAGAGGGUAAAGCAUUGUCUAGUUCUGGCCAUCGGUCGUAUGAAACUCUCCAGGUUAUAUGUGAAGACAACAUCACUAAAAUAAUAUUGAGUCGGCCAGAGAAGAAAAAUGCCAUUAACAUGCAGAUGUAUCAGGAAAUUGGCCAGGCCUUGGAAGAAGCUGGGAAAGAUGAGUCUACUUUCACUGUCUUAACAGGACUUGGAGAUUAUUAUUGCAGUGGCAAUGAUUUAAACAAUUUCACCAACAUACCUCCAGAGGGCAAAGAAAAAAUGGCAAGUGAUGCAGCUGUGAUUCUUGAGGCCUUUGUCAGUAAAAUCAUUGAUUUUCCUAAGCCUCUCAUUGCCGUAAUAAAUGGGCCUGCAGUUGGGAUCUCUGUGACGAUGUUAGGGAUGUUUGAUAUUGUGUAUGCAACAGAUAGGGCCACAUUUCAUACCCCUUUCAGUCAGUUGGGACAAAGUCCAGAAGGCUGCUCUUCAUACACAUUCCCGCAAAUAAUGGGCUUAGCCAAGGCUACAGAGGUUCUGCUUUUCAAUAAAGUGUUGACUGCACAAAAAGCUUGUGACCUGGGACUGGUAACAGAGGUGUUUCCUGACAGCGCUUUCCAGCAAGAAGUUUGGUCAAGACUGAAAGAAUAUGCCAAGCUCCCCAAAAACUCUUUGGCUUUCUCCAAGCAACUGAUUCGUGAAAAUGAAAAAGAGAAGCUUCAUGCUGUGAAUAUCCAAGAAUGUGAACGCCUUAAGGAGCGCUGGUUAUCAGAAGAAUGCAUGAAUGCCAUAAUUAGCUUCUUCCAAAAUAAAUCAAAGCUGUGAUUUGAUUAUACUAAACUUAUAUUUUUAGCAGAGGGAGUCCACUUUGUUAUGUAGGCUUUAUCGGUAGCAGCCAUGUAAGUUGUUAAAUAAAUUAUAGAUAUAUAUAUAUAUA